CAAAUUACGACCCGAUCCGACCCGUCAACAGUAGAAGGAGACAUCAAGUCAUCAUCUUCGGCGUUACAAAACUGAACCCUUUCCCAAAUCCGCUGCUGCUACCGCACCGUAGCUUCUGCCGGAAUAUUCCACCGUUUGCCCCCACUUUUCUCAUAAACCAUUAAUCGGUGUCAGUCGGCCACCGAAUCUCCAAUUCAAUUGAUGGCGAAGGGAGACGACGUCGCAGGGAUGGAAAUCGAUCAGAAUUCAUCCGCCUUGGAUCAGAUUAGUAACCCUAAAUUCUCUAUCAAUGUGCUGCAGCUACUGAAAUCAGCACAAAUGCAGCACGGAUUGCGAUUCGGUGAUUACGCUCGUUACAGGCGGUACUGCACUGCACGUUUGCGGAGAUUGUACAAGUCCUUGAAAUUCACCCAUGGCCGUGGAAAAUAUACCAAGAGAGCCAUAUCGUCAUCUACUGUGACUGAAGUCAGGUUUCUUCAUUUGGUUCUAUAUGCUGCUGAAAGAGCAUGGAGCCAUGCAAUGGAAAAGAAAACUUUACCAGAUGGCCCAAAUGCUCGUCAGAGGAUCUACCUCAUUGGCAGGCUAAGGAAGGCCGUAAAAUGGGCUACCCAGUUUCAAGAGCUGUGUGCCAUCAAGGGAGACUCGAGAACAUCUCUGGAAGCUGAGGCUUAUGCCUCUUAUAUGAAAGGGAGCUUGUUAUUUGAGCAAGAUGAACACUGGGACAUUGCGCUUAAGUGCUUCAAAAGUGCCAGGGCCGUUUAUGAGGAACUUGGAAAGUAUGGAGAUCUAGAGAACCAAGUUUUAUGCCGGGAGCGGGUUGAGGAACUUGAGCCUAGCAUAAGAUAUUGUCUGCACAAAGUUGGGGAGUCAAAUAUAAAAACUUCUGAACUAGUCCAGAUAGGAGAAAUGGAAGGGCCUGCUCUGGACCUUUUUAAGGCUAAAUUAGAGGCGGUCAUGGCUGAAGCUCGAUCUCAACAGGCGGCAUCGUUGACUGAAUUUCAUUGGCUUGGUCACAGAUUUCCCAUAUCAAAUGCAAAGAUUCGGGUCGCCAUACUCAAAGCCCAGGAACUGGAGAAAGAUACUAAUGGUCCAGGAGCAGAUUCAGUACCCACAGAGAAAAAACUAGCCAUAUUUGACAAAAUAUUUGCUGCUUAUAGUGAAGCCAGGAGCUGCAUAAGGAAUGACUUGGCUAACACAGGUAAUUCUGAGAGCAUUAAGGAUGACCUGAGUGGCCUUGAUAAAGCUAUUGGGGCUGUCUUAGGAGAGAGAACAAUUGAGCGUAAUCAGUUGCUUGUGCACAUUGCAAAGAAUAAGCUCAGUAAGGUUCGUGAUGACAAAAACGAAAAGGUUACAAAACCUGAAGAGCUUGUCCGGCUAUAUGAUCUCCUCCUACAGAAUGCUGCUGAUCUUUCUGAUCUGGUUAGUUCGGGUAGAGACCGAAAACCAGAAGAAGUGGCUCUCAGUGAAGAAUGUGAACUGAAAAGUUUAGUUUUCCGAGCAGAAAGGUGCUUUUACCUGGCAAAAUCUUAUAGUUUGGCUGGUAAGAGGGUAGAAGCAUAUGCUUUGUUCUGCAGAGCUUGUUCCUUAGCUGAUGAUGCUCUUAAGAAGCUUCAGAGUUCGGCCAAUGCUGAUCAGGUUGCUAUCAAGGAACUGAAGAUGCUUUACAAUGAUUGUCGAUCCAACAUUUGUAUAGAACAUGCAACAGGAGUUAUGGAGGAGGAGAAGGCUCCAGAAAAUCUCUCUGAAAAGAUCUCAAGUAUCUCAUUAACAGGAAAUUAUAAGAAGCUUGAAAAGCUGCUCAUGGAGAACCUGGAGAAUUACGAAUCUGCUGUUGGUGACCCGACCACAAAAUCAACCCCACAUAUCUCAGUCUUCCCGCCUGCCUUUCAAGCAGUCCCGCGCAAUCCAGUUAUCAUGGAUCUCGCCUACAACUCAAUUGACUUCCCGUCACUGGAGAACAGGAUGAAGAAAGACAAGAAAAGUUUACUUAGUAGGCUUUGGGGAUGAGCUUCAUUUACAUUGCCUCUGGAUUAUAGAGGUCUGCGGACAAAAUCUAGAUUUUGGCCCUUCUUACUUCGACUUUAACUUGGAAAUUUUGACUUAUCAGGCUGUAAAAGAACUUGUGUAUGGGUAAUGCUAAUUUGCGAAAACACAUUCAAGAAACUGAGUUUUUAGUUGGGGCUGAAAUUUAGCAAAAUAUACAAUGUGUAACAAAGACCAUUUUCUUAUUAGCUUGUGGAUCUUUCCUGCUGUCUGCGUGGGAAAACUUAUGUGGAUUA